AUAACUUUUAUCUAGCAUCAAUUUCUUAAUAUUUUUUUGUUCUAACAUUAUUUUCAUGGAAUAUAUUAUUUGGUUUAUGACUCCAUACCUGAAACAGCAUUCACAGCGGUUCAUAAUGUCCUUCAUCAGUCAGCAUCUUGUUACUGUGCCUGGUGUCUCAUUCGCAACUGAACUGCUAGUCAGUCCUCUGUUUGAGGGAAUCAUAUUUGCUGUGCAAUUGAUGCUGAUAAAAAGUUGCACAGGAGUUGGAAGGCAAUGUGGACUAUGUCUUUAGUUGGACAGGCGAACAGUGGUAGAAAUGAAGAGGAAGUGUAUUCCUCUGCUCCAAAAGUUCUUUUUGCUGCUUCAAAAGAUGCUCCAAAAUGGUUUAGACCAAUCACAUCACUGAUGUCUGCUUCUGUUGCAUCCAGAGUUACGACUAAAGAGGGUCGACUGUACUGAAGAGCUAUCCCUUUUUUAAUGUUGGAUGCUGGGAUAACUUAAAAAUUGGGCUGUGUCCCCAAUGUCUAACAAUUCAUGUUUUAUUUUUCUCUUUCAUGAAUGCUGGCUUUGGCAGGGGGGCUACACACCACUUCAUUUGGCUUCCAUGUUCCAAAAGCAGCAUAUCAUUGAGCUCCUUCUUCACACAUAUGGUGCAGACCCGAACGUGCGAGAUCACAGUGGCCGUAAACCGGCGCAGUACCUCAACAGCUCAGCGCAAGCCUCCAAGACAAGCACAAACCACAAGAGCUUUCAACAACCCUCCAGGUCUUCAGAGAAGGACGCCGGGUUCAUGCGCAUGGGGUCGUUCAACAGUCGAGUCAAGCGCACGGCAGCUGUCCUCACAUAUCCCUUUGGAGUGCAGAAACUCAAGCCUUGGGGCUCUGCUGACAGUGUUACUGACGUGGCCAGCUCAACCAUGCCCCCACCAAAAGGUCUGGCUAAGAAGAAGAAAUCCAAGAAAGUACUAGAUUUUCCAAGUUCAAGCAGUAUGGAUUCUAUGAAGUCCAAGCUCAGCCUGACUCCAAGUGUGGAAUCGGACUCUGACAGUGCCUAUGGGUUUGCACCUUGACGAAACGAUUUUAAUUUUUUGACACUAUGGGUCUCAAGUUUUUAGAAACAUGCAUGGGAGAGACGCUUAAAACAUACGCUGACUUGCCUGUGCCCUCUGUGCAGUGUUUCUGGAUACUUUUAUGGUUGUUACGUUAUCAUAUAUACAGGGUGUUUUUUUCUUUAGGCUUUAGAGAUUUCUUUAAAAAAAAGAAAGUCCACGAAAGCUACACAUAUGCGAUUUGUACAUGUAAGUUAUAUGACCAGGGGGACAUUAUAGAGGGGCUAAUUGUUACACUAAAUCCUCAGGUUAACUAGAAUGUUAAUUAACUUUUUAAUUAGUGAAAAUAAGCAUAUGGUUUUAAUUAGAAACUUGCUCCGCUUCAUCAAAACCACUAAAUCAGUCGAUUUGAGGAAAAACUUGGAGCAUGUGAGAAGCACUAUGGAGCGUUAAAGUUAUUACUCGUGCAGCUAAAGCAAGGCUACCGGCGCGGUAACGUGCCCGCGCGGUUCUUCCGUCUCUUAUCAUGCGACUUUUUUCACCGCCAUCCUUGUGCCUGCUGCACCAGUGGUAACUUUAGAGCACUACUAUGCUUCCAAAGUGCUUAGUUUUCAUAAAAAUUAGAUUUAGUGGUUUUCGAAGAUGCUCAACGAGUUUUUAAUUGGAAGCAUAUGUUUAUUUUCGCUAAUUAAAAAGUUGUUUAAGAAAUUUUAGAUGAUCAUUCAACCUAUCGGUACGAUUAGGCCCCUAUACUAUGUUCCCCUGGCCGUAUGACUCAUCUGCACAAACCGCACUAGUGGAGCUUUCACAGCUUUUUUAAAACAUAUCUGUAAAGCCUAAAAGAAACACCCUGUAUAGAUAUAGAUAUAUAUAUAUAAAUAUAUAUUUGAUUGUGAAUAGCUAUAUUCAUCUUGAUGUUAAGAACUGACAAUGUGAAUCAGUAAAUACUACGAUGCAGCAGUAUUUGCUGCUAUAAAUUAAUUUCAAGAUGAAAAUAUGGGCAUGGUCCCAUCUUUUACUGCCUCAUUGUUGCUUGCAUCCUUUGGAUAGAACAUUUAUUUUUCUACAUGAGCUAUUUAAAAAAAAUUGUGUUACUGAAACUAUUGCAAAUUCUGUAGCCUAUCAUAGCCUUGUGAAACCUUUUAUUUUCACCUCAGAACUGUGUUUCUGUGCAGCUUUUCUGUAUUAUGUUUAGAGACCAUUUUUAUACAUACAUACUUUAAACUGGCACCACCAUUUUCUGAAAGGAUUCAUGUGUUUUAGAGACCUUUACACCAAUCGUUUGUGCUAACUAUGAACAUUUAUAUCUUUGAAUGACUAUGAAACUAGUUUUGUUUCAUUAACUAGCAACAUGAAUUACUUGUGAUUUUGAGCCUUGAGCUUGCCACCUUUCUGUUGGCAGUUUGUUUCAUGCACAUAUUACUGAUAUAUUGUACAUUCGGAACAGCAUUUGGAGGACUGCAUGCACUGGGAUUAGCAGUUAGAAAUCACCUCAAGCAAAAUAUUCCCUGCCAGUAAGUUCUAGAUAUAUUUAAAAUUUGAAUUAACAUUAAGCUAGCUGGACAAUGGUAUGAUUCAAUGCAAUCAGAAAAUGCAUUUAGAGGCAGGCCACAAUCUGUACCAACCAACUAACAAGGGAUGACUGACUGUUUUCCAAAUGUGCUGCAUACAUGCAGAGAUGCAAAAAAGUUUUGCACAUACAACGUUAUACCCCUGUCGAACUGGCAAUCUAAUGUCAGUAACAUCGAAUGACAUUUGUGCGAUCGGCCAAUCUGCGCGCAGCACUCCGGGUUGCACAGCAUUCCACGCACGACAGAUCACGAGCUGAUUCGCCAGUCAUGCAGAUGUCGUUCUAUGGAACUGACAUUAAAUUGCCAGUCUGACAAGGGUAUUACUGGUGAAUCACAUUGUCUAAAUUAGCAACACUCUUAAAGCAACAUUCCAUGUCAGUGUUGUCAUAUUUAGACUGGUAUUUCUUAGCUUGCGAAUUCUUAACUAAUUCUUAUGAGAAAACAUGAAGUAUGCACAUUUUGCAUGAUAGCCUGAAUUGAUGAAAUCGCCAUUUAUUUUACCUACAUAUCUAUCUUUGCAAGUGUGACAGCAAGCCUUCUUUUAUCUGUUGCACUUUCCACAAAAAUUAAUAUAACUCUUUGCAGUAAUUUUUCCAGUUGUGCCAAAACAACACAAAAUACUGUGAUGCAUUCAUGAACCAUACUAAAAUGUGUUGUUUGAUAUGCCAUCUGUGUAUUAAGGUGCUGUGAGCUUGUGCAGUCAAAGAGGAAAGCAGUGAAUAAGAAUUUUGCCAAACUAGAGUGAAUAUGUCUGCAUGUUUCCACUCGGCAUAGUGUUUGGAGUGCUUGGUGCAUUUACUACCACUGACUUCAUUUUCUAGUAAAAUGUUUUACAUCAAACA